AUGGUGUUAGCUGACCUUGGCUCAAGAUUGCGUAAUGCUCUCGGUUCGGUAGAGUCCGGCUCGGAGACUGAAAUCCAGUCGAUGAUUAAAGACAUAUGCUCGGCAUUACUAGAAAGUGAUGUGAACGUCAAGUUAGUGGCAAGGUUGAGAGACAAUAUCAGACAAAAGAUUGCCGCUGAGAUUAAGAAUGAGUCAGAGUCAUCGGCAAAUAAGCGUAAAAAGCUACAGAAGAUUGUGUUCGACGAGUUGUGUGCGCUCGUGGAUUCCCAUGAAGAACCUCCGAAGCCAAAGAAAUUGAGCCAGGCAAGUAAGUCUGUCAGCAAGAACGGCAAAAAGACGAAAAAACUCGCUGCCGAAUCUCACGUUAUAAUGUUUGUUGGUUUGCAAGGUGCUGGUAAGACCACAUCUUGUACAAAGUUGGCAGUAUACUACAAGAAGAGAGGAUUCAAAGUUGGUUUGGUAUGUGCCGAUACGUUCAGAGCUGGUGCAUUUGACCAGUUGAAGCAGAACGCUAUCAAGUCAUCGAUUCCUUUCUAUGGUUCCUACUUAGAGACUGACCCUGUGAAGGUGGCAUAUGAGGGUGUCAAAAAGUUCAAAGAGGAUAAGUUCGAUAUCAUUAUUGUCGAUACUUCUGGUCGUCAUAAGCAAGAGCAGUCGCUUUUCAAUGAAAUGAUUCAAAUUAGUGAAGCUGUUCAGCCUACUCAAACCAUUAUGGUCAUGGAUGCUUCCAUAGGUCAGGCUGCCGAGGGCCAAGCCAAGGCUUUCAAGGAGAGUUCCAACUUUGGUUCCAUUAUCUUAACUAAGAUGGAUGGACAUGCCAAAGGAGGAGGAGCAAUUUCCGCAGUGGCUGCUACACAGACACCAAUUGUGUUUAUCGGUACAGGAGAGCAUGUUGGUGAUUUCGAAGUGUUCAAGCCUUCAACUUUCAUUUCCAAGAUGUUGGGAAUUGGUGACAUUCAAUCUUUGAUUGAACAUGUUCAGCUGUUGAACCUCCAGGACGACGAGGGCCAUAAGAAAACCAUCGAGAAUUUUAAGGAGGGUAAAUUCACAUUGAGAGACUUCCAGACGCAGAUGAACAACUUUUUGAAGAUGGGUCCAUUGACCAACAUUGCUUCGAUGAUUCCUGGAAUGUCCAAUAUUAUGAAUCAAGUGGGCGAGGAGGAGACGAGCAAAAAAAUUAAAAAUAUGAUCUACAUUAUGGAUUCCAUGACCUCCAGGGAGUUGGACAGUGAUGGGCGUAUUUUCACAAAUGAACCCGAGAGAAUAAUAAGAGUUGCACGUGGAGCUGGAUGCAGCGCCGUGGAGGUUGAGAUGGUGUUACAACAGCAGAGAAUGAUGUCGUCAAUGGCUGGUGCUGCAAAGAAUAUGAACGCAGCAGGUGGCGCCGGAGCUCCAGGUGGAAUGAACAUGCAGAGAAUGAUGCAACAGGCACAAUCUAAUCCAAAUUUCAUGCAGCAGGCCAUGAACAUGAUGGGUGGAGGUGGAGCAGGUGGUAUGCCAGACAUGUCUGCAAUGAUGAAUAAUCCACAAAUGAUGCAGCAGGCCCAACAGAUGAUGAGACAGAAUCCAAAUUUGAUGCAGCAGGCUCAGCAAAUGAUGCAGAACCCAGGUAUGAUGCAGAAGAUGAUGCAGCAGUUUGGAGGCAUGGGGGGCAUGGGUAUGUAG